AUGAAGGCUGCACCAUCUCCAUUUCCAAUCCUAACCCCCGUUCGCUCCCAAAAUCUCCACGCCCCUUUCAAACUCCACCUCAUAACCCUCAACUCCUCCGCCGUCUCGUCAUCACCUAGAGCGGUAGUCCCUUCCCCACCGCCGACCUUCAAUUUCAAGGACCAAGUUCUCAACACCUCCACCGCCGCAAUAGCCGAAACCCACCCUGAAUUGAUCGAUUUGGCUAGAAAUGGAAAAUUGGUGAUGAUCAGGAAAAGCCAGUACGGCCCCGUGCCGCCGUGGAGAAGCGAUUUUGGGGAGCCAGAGGCUAUCUGGAUAAUCGGGACGAGCCAUGCUUCCAGAGUAUCAUCUUCGGAUGUUGAAAGAGUAAUAAGUGCUGUGAGGCCUGACAAUGUCGUCGUCGAGCUCUGCAGGAGCAGAGCUGGGAUCAUGUACACUCCUGAGAAUGGGGAACAAAGCCAGCAGCUGAAGUCAACCAUGUUCUCUUUGAGUGGGACUGGGUUUUUUGGUGCUAUUGGUCGAAGCAUAAAUUUGGGGGGUCAAACGGCUUUAGCAUUACGGUUGCUCUUGGCGACUUUCUCUUCUAAAGUAUCUUCAGAUAUUAAUCGUCCCUUUGGUGAUGAGUUUCGUGCUGCUCGAAAGGCUUCUGAAGAAAUUGGGGCUCAGUUAGUCUUGGGUGAUCGUCCUAUAGAGAUAACUCUUGAAAGGGCGUGGAGUUCAUUGAGUUGGAAAGAGAAAUUGAGUCUAGUCUCCUCUGUCUUUCGAGGAAUAACUUCAUCUGACCUUUACAACAAGGAGAUGGAGGAUGGUGAUGAUAACAGUUCUCAACUGUAUGAGCAGUUAAGUGUUUCAUAUCCAUCACUUCUGCCUUCUCUCAUAACUGAACGAGAUAUGUUCCUUGCAUGGUCAAUGAAAAGAAGCAAAGCAGUAAAUAACAGCAAGAAAGUGGUGGGAGUUAUUGGCAUGGGGCAUAUGAAUGGCGUAAUCUAUUCGCUUUUGUCCGAUACAGGAAACUUACGCUUCCGAGACCUUGCUGGAAAGAGGCCCGAAAAUAACUAUGGCUUUCUUGGUUCUAUUGCUAAGGACUUGUUGAGAGACACCAUUAUUGGUGUAUUACUAUGGCUAUUGUAUGAACAGUUCAAGUCACCAUAG